GUAAAUGUAGCCUGUAGAGAGUGGUGCCCCUUGAGGACAGCAACAAAUCCAAGCACAAGCUCUGAGGGCAGAUCAAAUCUGGAUAGCUCAAUUUCAGCUCGGAGGCAAAGGUAUGGUCCAAUCAAUGGGGACAAGCGUAGCUUGGCAGCUCAAUGGCUGACACACAAUGCUGCACUCGAUCUCGACUCGAUCGCAAAUCUUUUUUGAUCAAUAGACUCGUUCAGUGUAAAAGAACGAUUGUACGGAAAAGAGCAAUUCAAUCCAACUUUCAGCUCAGAUGGAAGGCAGCAUCUUCCUCUUAUCUGUUUUUAUGCAUAUGCUUUCGACCAUUUCAUACUUUCGCCCUACGAAGCCCGCCAAGAAACACGGCUGACGAGGACAAGGGACGGCCCAGAAACCCUGCUCCGCCAAAAGAUGGCACGAAAUGUGGGUGUCAAAGGUAACUCUGGCACACAUAAGCGGUGAACGUGCGCCUAAAAGGGCGGAACGUGAUCGGCGAAAGGACGAAGCCAAGGGUGU